CGGAAGUAAGUUUUUCGCCAGCUGCUAAAUGUCACAUGCUACAUAUGCAGAAUCAUCUGACUGUGUAAUGAUGCUCACAGUUUAUGAUCUGACGGUCAGAGGCUCGUCUUCGCCGAAUUGACUGCAGCUACAUCAUGGCGGAGCAUUUCCACCUGAACACACCACUGCUGGAGAGCGUCAGCAUGUCCAGACGGGCGGGAACCCCUGUCUUUUUAAAGAUGGAGAAUUCACAGCCCUCUGGCUCCUUCAAGAUCCGAGGCAUCGGACACCUCUGUCAGCAGCUCGGCACAAAGUCCAAAGGAGUGGUCUGUUCUUCAGGUGGUAAUGCAGGUAUGGCCGCUGCAUACGUAGCAAGAAAAAUGGGUGUACCAGCCACCAUCGUGGUUCCCUCCUCUUCCCCUCCGACGGUCAUUCAGAAACUAAAGGACCAGGGGGCUGCAGUCCAGAUUGUAGGGAAGGUUUGGGAUGACGCCAACGCAGAAGCUCUCAGACUGACAGAAACUGAAGGACUCACUUAUGUUCCUCCGUUCGAUCACCCCCUGCUGUGGCAGGGCCACGCCAGCGUGAUCUCAGAGGUUGCGGCCUCACUGGGCCCCAGUGGGAAGCCUGGAGCCGUGGUGUUGUCUGUGGGCGGAGGAGGGCUCCUGUGUGGAGUCGUCCAGGGCCUGAAGGACGUCGGCUGGACGGAGGUGCCGAUCGUCGCAAUGGAGACAGUGGGCGCAGACUGUUUCAACGCCGCUGUUAAGGCAGGGAGGAGGGUCACUUUGGAUGACAUCACCAGCGAGGCCAAAUGUCUCGGAGCAAAGACGGUGUGCGAGCAGGCCUUUAAGUACAGUCAGUGCAAGGAGCUGAAGAUCAUCUCGGAGCUGGUGACAGACCAGCAGGCCCUGCACGCCGUGGAAACCUUCCUGGAUGAGGAGCGUGUGCUGGUGGAGAUGGCGUGUGGAGCAGCACUAGCAGCAGUCUACAGUGGACUUCUACACAGGUUACAGGAUGAAGGUCGCCUUCCGACCCCCCUGGGCCCCCUGCUGGUGAUCGUGUGUGGCGGCAGCAGCGUGGACAUGGAGCAACUGACCAACCUCAGAAACAAACUACAGACCUAAGCUGCUGAAUGCUAC